UCUGUCUCUCUGCUUUUAAGUAGUCCUGCAACUCUGCCAUCAAAAGACAUGAACAUCUUGUCAUUCCAUAAUCUGUCAUCAAUUUGUGCCAGACACACCUCCCAAGCAAGUGACCCACCAAAUAUUUGCAUUCUUUGUUUUCAUCGGAAUAACAAUCCACCACUUCAUCUCACUUCUAACUUGCUGCAUCUGGCGAGCAUGUCUGCGCUCCCCACUUCCUUGCACUCUUAAAAAACUCUCCUUUUCAUUCCAUCAAGACAGCAAAUUCUACAGACUUGUCUACUGUCUCCUGCCUCAAGAGAGGAGGAUUGGUAAUAGGAGGCUGCCUGGUGUGUGAAAGAGGAAUCCCAUGAAUGAUUUCACCACCUGACUCCAUCAAGCCAUCGCUGCAAGCCUUAAGCUGAACACCUGCCGUGCCUGCUCUCGAGUAUCUGUUAUUUGGAGACUGGCACACAAUGAGCUCGAUGAGACCAAGGAAGGGCAGCACUCUGGUCUUUUGGUCGGCCUUCUUCUUCCUCUGGACUAUCGUAACUGCUACACUCUCCCCCAAAGGUGUCAACUUUGAAGUGCAAGUUUUGAUGGGUAUAAAAGCUUAUCUUGUGGAUCCUCAUGGUGUUCUCGAGAAUUGGGACCAGGACUCUGUUGAUCCAUGCAGCUGGACUAUGGUCACAUGCUCACCUGAGAACUCAGUCAUUGGCCUGGCAACUCCAAGCCAGAAUCUCUCUGGUACUCUCAAUCCAAGCAUAGGAAACUUGACAAACCUUCAAAUUCUGUUCCUGCAGAACAAUAACUUAUCGGGACCGGUACCGCCAGAAAUUGGGAAGCUCUCCAAGCUUCAAACCGUUGAUCUGUCCAACAACUACUUCUCCGGCAAAAUCCCUGCCUCGGUGGGCAAUCUGAAUGGUCUUCAGUACAUGAGGCUUAAUAAUAACAGCCUUACUGGAGCAUUUCCUGCAUCUUUGGUCAAUCUUUCACAACUUGCUUUUCUGGACUUGUCUUACAAUAAUAUCAGCGGCCCUAUACCUAAGCUUCCAGCGAAAACGUUCAACAUUGUUGGAAAUCCUUUAAUUUGUCCAUCAGCUUUGAAGCAAAAAUGCUUUGGAAUGAUGCCCAUGCCAAUGUCCUUCGACAUGAACAAUUCACAAAGUGCUCCAGCUUUGGUGAGGCCCAAAAGCUACAAAGUCAUUCUUGCAUUUGGAUCCACCUUUGGGAGCAUCUGCUUAGUUUGUCUUGGCUGUGGACUUUUUCUCUGGUGGAAGCAAAGUCAUGACCAACAGAUAUUCUUUGAUGUCAACGACUUACAACAUGAAGAACUCUGCCUCGGUAAUCUAAGAAGGUUUCACUUCAGGGAGCUUCAGAUAGCAACAAAUAACUUCAGCAGCAAAAACAUACUAGGCCAUGGUGGCUUUGGAAAUGUCUAUCGAGGGACGCUGCAAGAUGGAACUUUAGUCGCCAUCAAAAGGCUCAAGGAUGGAAAUGCUGUAGGUGGCGAGAAACAAUUCAAAACUGAAGUUGAAAUGAUCAGCUUAGCAGUGCACAGAAACGUCCUGAGGUUACUUGGUCUUUCCAUGACUGCCACAGAAAGGCUUCUUGUUUAUCCGUACAUGUCAAAUGGAAGUGUUGCUUCCCGACUCAAAGCAAAACCAACAAUAGACUGGAGUACCAGAAAAAAGAUAGCUUUGGGAGCUGCAAGGGGCCUUCUUUAUCUGCAUGAGCAAUGUGAUCCCAAGAUCAUUCACAGAGAUGUAAAAGCUGCCAAUAUACUGCUGGAUGACCACUGCAAGGCUGUCGUGGGAGACUUUGGACUAGCAAAGCUUCUUGAUCACAGGGAUUCACAUGUAACUACAGCUGUGCGGGGAACCGUGGGACACAUAGCACCAGAGUAUCUCUCGACGGGCCAGUCCUCUGAGAAAACAGAUGUAUUUGGUUUUGGAAUCCUCCUCCUCGAACUGAUUACUGGUUUGGGAGCCGUAGAAUUUGGUAAGGCAGCAAACCAGAAAGGUGCCAUGCUCGAUCGGGUUAGGAAGAUUCACCAAGAAAAGAAACUUGACAUGCUGGUUGACAAGAAUCUGAAGAGCGACUACGACCGGGUUGAGCUGGAAGAGAUCAUCCAAGUGGCACUCCUGUGCACGCAGCACGUUCCAGGCCACAGGCCAAAGAUGUCUGAGGUGGUUAGCAUGCUCGAAGGUGAUGGUCUCGUAGAGAGAUGGGAGGCCUCUCAGAGGAUGGAGGCUCAUAAGCUUACGGUGCCCGAGACCUUCUCGACACGUUACUCCUCCAACAUCACCGAUGACUCCUCAUUACUGGCACAAGCUAUUGAGCUUUCUGGACCAAGGUGAUCGAUCGAUGAUGAUAGUUGAUUGUCAUAACCAAGAUGCCUAUAAUGCUAUGCGAAGAGAUUGUACAUAUCAUAUCAGGGCCAUUAAUCUCUGUUAAGAAUAUAUACGAUAACAUGUGUUAUCGCAUAGCAAUAAAUUAAUUUUAUGCUUUUGUAUAGAAAUAAAUUGAUCAUACAUGUGUUAUGAUAAGUUCACGAUGAAAUGAAAAGUAUAGUUGAAUGCUUA